UCGCAGACCGUCAGGGACGGCGUCAAACCGGUCUGCCGAGCACUAGCUGCCAAGCAAGUACCUGCCUAUUAUUUUGCUCAAGAAAAGAGGGAGAGAGAAAAAAAACAUCCACCUAUUCGAACGCAUUCGAGUCGAGCUAUAUUUCACCUUCGGAUUUGUAUUUCUGAAUACAUUUUACAGUAUUCACAGAAUGAACUGCUUUCGCAUGGGACCAUGGGACGUCUGUCAAACCCAUAAGGAAAUUGCUCACCUGCAAGUGCAUUUGAAAGUAUUUUAAAAACUUGAAGUAUUUUUAAAAGUCGUUCUUUUCGAGGAGGACUAUUAUUCCUAAAGUGGAUGUGACCGCGUGCGAGUCAGUGCGAGCGUGUGUGUCGAGGUGGAGUGUGUGAAGGAACAGUCGAAGACGUCAAGACUUCAACUGCCCCCUAAAGUUAACUGGAAAUUGGACUGUCAUUUGGAAAGCAGCUUUUGACAAAGUAGUCUAAUGAAAUAAGGUCCCAUUCGUGUAUUGUGUUUUAUUCAGUGAACAGGCAAAUAUCUGCUCUACACAGAAGGGAAAGCUGCUACAACAUGCCUAGGAGCACUAUGGCAUCUUUGCCCAUUCAUCGUGGAUGUAGGGUAUUCGAACAGAACUUGGAGUGUAAGCCUAUGCUACAUCGCAUUAAUUAAGACAUCAACUGACUGUUAAUGCUUGGUUACACCGGACUAAUGUUUUGAACACAUUUCUUAAUCCCUCUCCUGCCUUCAUGUGGUCUGGAUCUUGUAAAAAAAUAAACUAAUUCAAGCUUAAUAUCCAGUCGCCGGAAAGGCAUAUGAUAAUGGCAUUAUAUUGCGGAUCAGGAGAGGGACAAACAACAUCAAUUUAUCAGUCGUCAUUCCAGAAGAGAGGCGUGUGACUGCAUCGCCUCAGUCGGGUGAACUGGGCAUACGGUGUCCUGGAAAAUAAAAUCUGCCUUACCCUUACGGCCGAAGACAGCUGCACUUUGUGGAACUCAUCAAGUCUGCUGAUAAUUCGGAAAAAUGUAUCCCAUCUUCACCUCGCAGGUGUUGAUCCUCUGGGUGGCCCUUGUUUCCACAGCAACCGCAGAUCUUACCUGUGACAUGUACCUGCUGCUCUCUACCAACAUCUCAGCUCGUACGCUGGCCCUCUUGAACCAGACGUUUGGGCAUUCUAAUAUCACAGCUUACACGUUGGCCCUGUUGAAUCAGACGCUGAGCCACACAAACAUCACCGGUGUGUACUGUGAAACCUCUAUAGAUGGCAUUGGUACCUGCUGGCCCAGAAGCAGUGCUGGGGUUGUGGCGCUGCCAUGUCCCGAGUUUCUCAACGGUGUGCGCUACAACACCUCCAACAACGUGUACAGAGAAUGCCUCACCAACGCAACCUGGGCCAUGAAAGGGAACUACUCACAGUGCCAUCCUAUUUUGACUGAGGAGAACAAGAGCAAGCUUCACUACCACAUAGCAGUGAUCAUAAACUAUCUGGGCCACUGCAUCUCGCUCGGAGCCCUCCUGGUGGCCUUCAUUCUCUUCAUGCGGCUCAGGAGUAUUCGCUGUUUGAGGAACAUCAUCCACUGGAAUCUCAUCACAGCGUUUAUUCUCAGGAACGCCACCUGGUUCGUCGUUCAACUCACCAUGAAUCCAGAGGUCCACGAGAGCAAUGUGAUCUGGUGUCGGCUGGUAACGGCGGCGUAUAACUAUUUCCACGUGACCAACUUCUUCUGGAUGUUUGGGGAGGGCUGCUACCUGCACACGGCCAUCGUGCUCACUUACUCCACCGACAAGCUCCGCAAGUGGAUGUUCAUCUGCAUCGGCUGGUGUAUCCCUUUCCCCAUCAUAGUGGCCUGGGCCAUCGGGAAACUCUACUAUGACAAUGAGAAGUGCUGGUUUGGGAAGCGGGCAGGCGUCUACACAGACUACAUCUACCAGGGACCGAUGAUCCUUGUGCUGCUGAUCAACUUCAUUUUUCUCUUCAACAUUGUCAGAAUCCUGAUGACCAAGCUCAGAGCCUCAACGACAUCAGAGACCAUUCAGUACAGGAAAGCUGUGAAGGCCACUCUAGUACUCUUGCCGCUCCUGGGCAUCACCUACAUGCUGUUCUUUGUCAACCCGGGUGAAGACGAGAUCUCCCAGAUCGUUUUCAUCUACUUCAACUCCUUUCUAGAGUCCUUCCAGGGCUUUUUUGUAUCUGUGUUUUACUGCUUUCUGAACAGUGAGGUUCGGUCUGCAGUUCGGAAAAGGUGGCACCGUUGGCAGGACAAACACUCAAUCCGUGCACGUGUGGCACGCGCCAUGUCCAUCCCGACCUCGCCAACUCGCGUCAGCUUCCACAGCAUCAAGCAGUCAUCGGCCGUGUGAGGAAGAAGGUUCUGGGCUGGGCUGGCUGGACGACUGGCGGCUAUGGCCUCUUUGGUCUUCUGGUUCCACUGCACCACCACGCCUCCUCGACAGCCUACACUGCACACACCUCCGGCUCUCUUCGUCACAUUGCGUUGCGUCACGUCAUGUCAUGUCAUGUCAAGUUGUUGCUUCGUCCUGCUAAGCUAAUGGGAGACCAUGAAACAAACAAAAAAAAAACAUACAGGUCCAUACAGGGUACACAAUUUUCCAGUCAGUAACAAUUUACAACAUUGGACGACAGUAGAACGGAGAUGUGGCACACAUACUGUACGAGACACACGACUUGUUUUGGUGGAAUCUCAAGAGUCAAAAGGCUUUUUGGAUCAGUAGAAGGGUCAGAAAGUAACUGUUUCAUCUGUUGUCUUGCGGCUGUGAGAAUGAGAAUGGGACUUGAUUGACCCGACAGAUUGUAGGAGUCAAAGAAAUGAUCUGUUAACGGUUUAGCUCUCCAGGGAUGUUGGCAGGGGAUUCUGUCAACUGGCAGCAAUCAAAAGUUCAAUUUCCUCUGGUCCGUUUCAGUUCCUUAAUGACCUCCACCUCUGGCCACAGCAGAAGCUGGGACACAGUUUGUCACCCGGCGGAGACUUAAAAUGACAAGGUCUAAGAGGAAGAGAAACAAAUGACUGAGCCAGAAGGUGCAGAAAGACAUCUAUAGUGGUAAAAUACACAAACCCAUCUUGCUCACAUUUUACGCUGAAUUGAGUCUUGACUAAGGGGCUGUGAUUUAUGUGAGAGUCUUUGUUGCCACUGUGGAAAUCACACCUUUGGAAUCUGUCAGAGGUCCAUGUUUGCAGAGGCCAAAUUGGAUGGUGCAAAGACUCAUCCAACAGAUUUGCUUACUAUUAUAACUGCUAUUUAUGCUGAACUUUUUUUCCCCUCUCUGGUCGGUGCAGGCUACUGCCCUUUGUUCUCGCGUCACUCAGUAAUAUGUGUCUUUGAAGUAUUAUACAUUUAUUCCCCUCGGUACAGAACUGUGUGUACAGUGUUAUAAAUCUGAUUUGACAUCAGAAAGCUGUUUUAUUUUAUUUUUUUGUCAGAUGAUGACAACCCAAGGAUGUCGCUAUCCAGCACUUUACCUGCAGGAGGCAAGCUUUCUGUACAGGUGUGAUGUCUUGACAACAUCUGUGUCCAGGGUCUUCAUAACACAUCCGUAAGCAUUUAUAGAGGGGAGUAAUCUUUGUGUGGGUAUGAACCACCUAUGAUAGUGUUUGGGGGGUGGGGGGCGGGGGUUAAGGAACGGAUAUAAAUUGGCAGAGUUUUGACAAAAAAGUUGUCUCUAAUGUACAGUAGAACAAGCAAGCUACACAUCUACAGUAUAAAAGCAAAUGAAAGCUAAUUAUGUUUAUGUUCAUGUACUACUACAGUAUGCUUAUGAAUGUGUUAUAAAGUCUCUAGGUAUCCUUCAAAUAAAGUGUUGAUAAACAUCUUCCACUUCCCCCAGACCGAUGCCAACCCUUUCCUAUAAGCCCUUUCCAACGGGAACUCAGAAAAUUGCGUAUCAAACCUCAAACUACAGGUUGCCUUGUUUGUCACUCUUUUAUUAUUAUUGAUGUCAUGGGUAGGAGGGGAAUGCUUAAAGCUCUUCAGUUAUCCUCUGGCUUCUCAAAGCUUAUGGAUUCCAGGCACAUAUAACACAAGUACCGUACUCUGCAUACUGAAGACGCUUCUCAGUGGUUGCUAGAACAGAGAAAGAGAGAGAGAGAGAGAGAGAGAGAGAGAGAGAGAGAGAGAGUGUGUGUGUAUGUGUGUGCGUGUGUAUUUGUGUGUGUCUGUGCGCUUGAGCACCAGAGCCAAACCAGACAGUUGAAUGUAUUCAGAUAUGUUAAGUUUUUAAGUUUUUUAAUAUAGAAGUUUUUAUUAUGUUCCAGCCCUCAAUCAAGACCAACACUGCCAAGAUGCACUAUUUACUUCAGAGACUAGUCAGAAGACUAGAGGAGAGGCCCUGUGAGGAUGGAUUUUGGAGGCACAUUUACUUUCAGAUCUCCACAAAUGCAGGUGGAUAUUUUAUCAUGGUUUCUGGGGGUUCACAACAAACAUACCACUGGUCCAUAGCCACUGAUGCAUCUAGCUAUUUAUGUACGAAUGGUUAUCUCUCUUACCUCUCGUAUCUGUUUCUGAAAGACAAGGUGGAGGAGUGAUCUAAAUUAUCAAUGCAAAAUCUUCUGCCUAGGAUAUUGUGCUGGCCAUUGUGUUUGUGCCCAAUGUUCAGCUUUGACUAACUUACAGUCAUCAACCUUUUUAUUCCCCACUGAAGACCCACCAUGGCCUAUUAACAAAACAUUUCCUAUUUAAUCGGCCCAUAUUCCAGUAGAUUAUAGAUUAGAAAUAUAAGAUAAACUCUUGUUAUGCCCCUUACUGUAUAUUACAGAUGUAAUAUAUAAUCAAUGUAUAUGAUAUAUAUAUCUUUAUUUAUUUGUUAUGGUUAUGGUUAUGGAUUUAGCAGACGCCUUUGUCCAAAGCGAACAUUAUUUGUGAACACUAAAUGCUAAAAUGCUAUUGAGGAAGUAUUCUGUAGGUUAUCGGUAAGGAACAAUGGACCUGCCCCCAUUCGUUUGGGCUUAUUCCUGCUUCAUAUAUCUAUGCUGUGCAUAAUAGCCCUU